UUAAAACCAUGGAUUUCAAGUUGGUUUGUACCUUCAUUUUUCUCUUCUUCCUUUCAUGGGGUACUCCCCUGGGUUUCUCACAAGAAACUGAACAAAUGGAUCUGGAAAAAAGUUUAGACACUUUGGAACAAGGCCUUGCCGGUAUUCUUCAACAGGUACAGCAGCAGGGCGUUGCGGUUGCCUCUGCGGCUGCCUCUCAAGGAGGCGCUUCUGCCGAUGCAAUGCCAUGCAUGCAAAAGCUAAUGCCUUGCCAGCUCUUCAUGCAUUCAACUUCACCUCCCGCGAUCUGUUGCGCCCCAUUAAAGGAUGUGGUCACACAGGAGAGCCGGUGCCUCUGCAAGGUCUUCGAUAAUCCGGAACUCUUGAAGAGCAUCAACCUCACCAUGGAAGGAGCAUUGGCACUCGCUAAGGCAUGUGGCAUUGAUGUUGAUGUAUCUGUUUGCAAGAAUGCAACCUCGCCCGGUGCCUCACCACCAAGUCUUCCAUCCACCUCCAGCACAUCAACCCUAAGUUUUAAUCAAUUCUCUUUUGUUUCAAUUUUCUCUCAUAGCCAUCUUGAUUGCUGCAAUUGCUAA